AUACAUAUACGGUGCGUAAAUUCGCUUACGCAUAGCCAACGACAGAGAAUGAUUUGAUCGUGUCGGAAUUCCAAAACCAACAAUACAAUUUCUAUUUGGUAAUCUGCCAUUUUGAAGUGCCAUAUGUUUUCUAAAACGUUAUUCAGAAACCAUAAUGAAUACCACUACAGCGAUGGAUAAUUUAGAUGAGCAGGAAUACUCUGAUUUUCUUAGCGAAUAUUUUUUGCAAACAAGUUCACAUUGCAAUGAGCCUGAUGCUAAUUACGAAGAUGGGGAAAUGGAAGCCGAAUGGUUGAUAUCUGCCGGUUAUCCUGAGCUGACCAAGCCUUUUGAACAAGGCUUCGAGUUAAGUGCAACUGAAUUGGAACCUGUACUUUCUACAUUGCCCCAACCUUAUGCGGCAGCUAUCAAGCAACGUGUUAAAGCUUUGAAUAAAACAGUUCGAGGACGCACAAAGUGCCGAUCAAAACGAAAGCCUGAUAUCCGAGACGUAUUUCGGGACUUUGAUGAAUCGAGUACAGGAACACGAUCACGCAGUGCAACUCCAGAUUCUCUAGAUUCCAUACAAGUCGUCGAAGUGUGGCAAAAUGCUGUCAUGUCAAAUUUUACUGGAGUUUUUGAGAACAAUAGCAAUUCCGCUAUUAAAACAACUGAGCAAUUGAAAGGAACUCAUUUAAAACAGAAGUUGAGGCGAUCGCCCAGUGCGCCGCUUAAAAGUUCUACCUCUGCGGAUAUAUUUCGUGGAUCCCAUGUGCGAUGUGAUAUUCCAUUAUAUUCUGCGCAUGGUGUUGAGUUGCUGGGAUAUUCACGAAUCGGGACUAUACACUUACAGCGAAACCGUUCUGGUUCGGACCCAUCUUGCUCUGUCGGACGUGAACGUGGUACACUUCUACGGGAAUCUCAUAGUGAACACAAUACAUCUUGGGGUGAUUCUAGCGACGAGUAUAUGACUAAAUCUAAAACAAUUGAUCUGAAUAAAGGACUGGCCCAGUCAGAAAAUCUGUGCAGUAAACGCCAUUUUACGCAACAGCGGGAUGGCCCCAGCUUUGAAAGUUAUUGCCGUGAUACCUUAAGUCCAGAUGGCGUCGAAAAAAUUGACAAAUUUGAAAACUCUUUGAAUUUAGUCUCAGACAUAGUUUUAUUAAGCGAACUCGAUCUUAAACGUUUACAAACCCUUUGGUUGGAACUUGCUACCAUAUUUGAUCGUAACCAAGUGUCAUUAGACAAACGAAAACCGUUUAGACGACGUAGAAAAGAGGAGGGUAACCUUUUUGGGAUAUCUCUAAACGCCCUCAUACGCCGUGAUCAGCAAGUUACUGGUACUGAUUCUACCCUAGUUCCCCUUUUUUUGGAAAACUUGCUUACUGAACUUAUGAGACGUGGUACUCGAGAGGAAGGAAUUCUCCGAAUUGCUGGGCAUAAGCAAAAGACUGAAAUGCUGUACAACGAAUUCGAAUCAAUAUUUUAUCAAAAGCCUGAAAAGAUAUCUAAUCUAUUUAGAACCGCUACAAUCCAUGAGCUGAGCGCAUUGCUUAAACGUUGGUUGCGUGAACUUCCCCAACCAUUGCUUACCAACGAACUUAUAAAACUUUUUUAUCAAUGUAACAAACUUCCUACAAUGGAUCAAAGAUGUGCGUUAUCUAUCCUAUGCCAACUGCUACCACACGAAAAUCGCAACACAUUACGUUCGCUACUCAAAUUUUUAAACUUCAUAAUUGAUUUAAAGGAUAUUAACAAAAUGAAUAUACAUAACGUUUCUACUAUAAUUGCGCCAUCAUUUUUUCCACCACGGUUUAUACACCCAAUUGACAAAAAAAGUAUAGAAGAGCAAGUUAAGGUGGCCGCAGACUGUUGUCGUUUAACUAACGUAAUAAUUUUACUUGGCGAGCGGCUUUUCCAAGUACCGAAGAAUUUAAUUAUGGAAUCAAGGUGUAAGACUACAAAGACGGCUAAAAAAGGACCAACUCGGGGUUUAACAUUGGUUUCAUCACAGGAACAAAAUUCGGCAGUAAUUGGUCCAUCCACAGCCGAUAUUAAUGCAUACUCAACUGAGCCGAAUCAUGUACAUCGCUUAGUUAUUUAAGAUACAUAAAAUACCUGAUAUUAAUACGGUUGCAUUUGGUGCCUAGUUUUGAUUGAAUUUUAAUUUAUUUUAAUACUUUUUAAUAAUUUUGAUUGCAAGAUUAACUUCAUUUCAUCGUUGUAUAUUCAUAAAAAGAAGUUUUUAAAAAAAAAGUUAAAUCUAAAGUCAAUAAUUUUCAUGCAGUAUUGUUAAUAU